CUUACGUCUUGACAGUCGAGAGGUUCGAGACGCUGAUGACAAGAGAUAAGUAAACGCGAUCUCUUUGGCGUGGCAGAUCCCAGAACAACUGCGAUGGAAAGCUGCUCCCUGUGCAGGCGACCCAGGCAAAAAGUAACAGAGUUGAAGAAAUAACUGCGCCAAGGCUCCCUCCCCAGCAUUCGGCUGACUUUGUGUGUGUGUGUGCUUUUUUUUGGUGGUGGGUGGGGGAAAGAUCCGGUCUUUUUUUCUUAAAAAAAACAUUCUAGAGCAACAACAACAAAGAAUUUUAUUUUGAAACCUUACUUUUGGAAAUAUUGAAGAAACGGCGGAGUUGAAUCAAAGAACUAAAGAAAAAAACGGAGGUUCAGAGCCGGCGAUUUUUUUUUUCGGAGUUUUGAGCGCCCGGCGACAUUAGUUCCUGAAUGACGGCCGAGAUUCCGCAGCCGCCGGCUCACAGCACGGCCCAGAGCAGCCCCAUGUCUGCAUCUCCCGAGAAAGCCAACAAUCAGACCUCUGUGAUGGAAUCAGCCAUCUCCACCACCAAAACCAAGAAAACAAACGCUGGCAUCCGACGCCCUGAGAAGCCGCCGUACUCCUACAUAGCUCUAAUUGUCAUGGCCAUUCAGAGCGCUCCUACCAAGCGGCUGACCCUCAGCGAGAUCUACCAGUUCCUGCAGAGCCGUUUCCCUUUCUUCCGGGGCUCUUACCAAGGCUGGAAGAACUCGGUGCGUCACAACCUUUCCCUGAACGAGUGCUUCAUCAAACUGCCCAAAGGCCUGGGCAGACCUGGGAAAGGCCAUUACUGGACCAUUGACCCGGCCAGCGAGUUCAUGUUUGAGGAAGGUUCCUUCAGACGCAGACCCAGGGGCUUUCGUAGGAAGUGCCAAGCGCUCAAGCCCAUGUACAGCAUGAUGAACGGAUUGGGCUUCAACCACAUCCCAGAGACUUACAACUUCCAGGGCUCCAGAGCGCCCAUCUCCUGUGCUCCAAACGGGCUUUCGUUAGACAGUAGUAUCAGCAUGAUGAAUGGACAUCUGCCCAACAACGUUGAUGGGAUGGCUUUACCAGGACACUCGGUCUCUCACCUGUCGACCAACAACGGGCACUAUAUGGGAAGUUGUACAGGCUCUUCCGUGGGAGAUUACCCCAACCACGCCGACAGUUCAGUGUCCGCCUCUCCCUUGCUGACCGGCGGUGGGGUGAUGGAACCUCACUCCAUGUAUACAUCCACCGCUUCGGCGUGGGCACCCCCGGCUUCUGCACUCAACAACGGGGCUCCUUACAUCAAACAACAGUCUCUAUCACCAUGCAACCCUUCGGCGAAUCUAACUUCAAACCUGCAAGCACAUUCCCUAGACCAGUCCUAUUUACACCAAAAUAGCCACAAUGCGACCGAUAUACAAGGAAUUCCACGAUAUCACUCGCAGUCUCCCAGCAUGUGUGAUAGGAAAGAAUUCGUCUUCUCUUUCAACGCCAUGACGUCCCCUUCAAUGCAUCCAUCAACUAAUGGAUCUUACUAUCACCAGCAAGUGACUUACCAAGAUAUCAAACCGUGUGUAAUGUGAUCCUAUCUAGAAAAAUCAGUGGAAUAUGCUCUCCCCAACCCCACCAUCCCCGGUCUUGCACCUCGAUAGUUCGCAGCAGCGGUGCGUUCUUGUCCAUAGAAACAUUGUUUUGGAUCCUUAUUUAAUACAUUAAGCGGAUCCAGAAUUAUUACUAGAGAGAGAAAAAUACCAUUUGUGAAGGCACUUUCAGCGAAGCUCAAUCUAAUAGUUCCUAUUUAUUCUAAUUUUUAGCUACCCAUCAUAAAUAAAACACCGCAUAGCCUCUAAAACUGAUCAGUAUUGUAAAAUAAGUCAAUGGUGCAGUGUGUUGGCAAUAUUUGCCGUUCCUGUAGUGUUUUUGUUUCAUAUAAUGUAAACCAAGCCUUAACAUGCAUUUUUUUAAAAAUAAAGUCAUUCUAACCUUUUUUAAAAUUUGAAUAUGUAUUGAAAAAAUACACAAUUUAGUGUUUCUUGGCAUUGGGAAGAUUUUCAAAAAAAUCGAUAUUUUGACACCUGACUUUUAACAUAAUCUUAUGCACUGUAUACAAAUGUAAUUCAUGUGGAUUUAUAGACGAGAUGGUUUGUACCUUUUUGUAGAUGGCCAAAAUGAAAUGCUCUUUUAUUCUGUGUAUGAAGUCUACAUGAUAUUGUAUAAUUCAGUAAAAAUAAAAAAAACACGGCCUGCAUUUUAGGCCUGGAAUGUGUAGUCUAGUUUAUAGGCGGAGAGGUUUAAUCGUGUAGACCCACCGCAGGUCGCUUUACUCCCGAGGUCCUGGACAACUGAAACUGCAAUGUUUCAAAGUUGACAUUUCAGACCUGGGGUGUAAUUUAUUUGAAAGCUUGUUCCUCUCGGAUUAUCAGUGUUAUUUAACGCUGUAAUUGCAGUGCAAAUAAAUAGCGAGCCCCAAAUGCAAUCUUUUUUUUAAAAAAACCCAGACGUUAACGAGCAGAAAAUUCCGAAUUUAAAAACAAAUCCAGAUUAAAGUUUUUUUUAAAAAAGAACUAUUUCCAAUACAAGGAAAUAAAUUGACAGAUCAAACUCUGGUCCAGACUUUCUGAAAUCCUGUGUUCAUGCAAAAUAGACACAAAAUACCGCUGACAAUCACAUCACCAUAAGGCGUGUCCCCGUGUUAUUUUUGUGAAUAGUGUGGUCAGUGGAAUGCAAUUGUCGCAUUAUUAAGGAGGAUAUCACAGAAUUAUAACUACUAAUAGCAAGUGCAUACGAAGACGUUCACGUAGGUAUAAUUUAUAUGUUUUAUUUUAAAGAGUGUUGUGCCAUUUAAGAAGUAUAUUUUUCCCAAAGGAUGUGGAUGUCAUUCUAUUAAAGUUAUUGUACUUAUUAUGCCCACUUCCGUUUCGAUGCGAGUUCUCUUCAUUAUUUCCUCCAACUUUCUGCACACUAUUUCCUCUUGUUUCUUGACAGCGCUGAUUUCACGUAGACAUUCCAUUGCAGGUUUUUUUUUGUUACGGAGCUUGAUUUUUUUUAAAGUAUUGAUUACUUUUUUUUUGAAAAACCAUGGACAGUUUCACUGAUGUAAAUAGAUCGUUAAAUUCACACGUGAACUCAUCGUUUGUUCUAAGUUGCUGAAAUCACAUUCCAAUCUCUCUAUAUAUACAUCUACAGUUAUGUCCGUGCAUUUGUGUAUCUCGUGUGACCAGACAUGUAAUCUGUAUAUGUGGACAUUAAAAAUUCUAAAAUGCCUUA